AUGGAUCCUGUUACCGUCACAGGUCUUAUUGUCAGCGUCUCCCAACUGUUCGAAUACACCGGAAAGAUCGUCAAGUACGUCAACAACGUCAGGAACGCGCCCGCCGAGCGCAAUGAAAUCACCAAAGAGUGUGUCAGUCUUCUUGGCCAGCUCAACGACCUUAAAUCCCGAGCGGAGACGACCGAUCCAACCGAUGCGUGGUUCGACGGCGUUCGGAAGUUGGCCUGCGGCGAUGGACCACUCGAACAGUUCAAAGAAUCAUUAGAGAAGCUCGCAAAAGCUCUCAAACCUGCGAAGGGGGCCAAGAAAUAUGGCAAAAUGAUUUUGUGGCCGCUUUCGAAACAGGACACUCAGACUGCUCUCUCACACAUUCAUCGACUACAGACCCUGAUAGCGGCGGCACUUACGCAAGACCACUUUAAUUUGUCACUGGCUAUCAAAGACAAGCUAGACGAUAUUUCGUCGGCCAACACGGAUAUCAAACGGCAACAAGUUUUGGACUGGAUUUCGAAGAUUACAUUCGCGUCAAAGCAACAAGACCACCUCAGGCGUCGUCAGGAAGGUACUGGGACGUGGUUCCUGAACGAGCCUUUGUUCCAGGGCUGGCUCCUCGGACACCCCAGUGUGCUCUGGUGUCCAGGUAUCCCUGCAGCAGGCAAGACUAUUUUAGCCUCCGUCAUAAUCGACCACUUAGAGUCUCAAACUGAGAGACAGAAUGCUCAUGUCGCGUUCCUGUAUUGCAAUUACAAGGAACAAACCGAACACACAGCCCUGAAUCUUGUCAAGAGCCUUGUGAGACAGAUCGUCGAAAGACAGAGCACUAUCUCACGCACAGUCAGCAAUCUUUACAACAACUUCAUGAAAACACAAAAGGCUCCGUCUAUCGACGAAUGGACAAAAUGCCUUCUACAUGAGGUUUCCAGUUUGGAUCACAUUUACAUUGUGAUUGAUGCAUUCGAUGAAUGCUCUGAAGUGAAUCGAGCGCGACCAGGUCUCCUGUGCGAAUUGCGCAAGGUUAUCAAGGACCCACGAGUACGACUUCUCAUCACUGCAAGACCAAUGACACAAGUCGAAAUCGACCCAGCCAGGACACAGACCUUGGAGAUUCACGCAAAUCCGGAAGAUAUUCGAUUAUAUCUCGAAAACCAAAUUGAUCACGAGGAACGGUUGUCACGCAUCAUCAGACCCGAUCCAGACCUACGGCAACGGAUAGUCGGCACAGUAGUCUCCAAAGCCAAUGGCAUGUUUCUUGCGGCUGAGCUUCAUCUCGCUUCGCUUGCCUCUAAGCAUAGCCUCUCUAAAGUGCGCAAAGCUCUCGAUACCAUUCCCGAACAUCUGGAUGGCGUGUACAACGAAGCUAUGCUCCGCAUUGAGCAGCAAAACAAAGACGACGCAGAGCUAGCUGUACGCGUCUUAGCCUGGAUUUCGUGUGCACAGCGACCGUUGAGGAUCAUCGAGUUACUCCAAGCUCUGGCCAUGGAUUUAGACGAGGACACGUUGGACCUGGAAGCUAUGCCCGACGUUACAACGCUAGUCGACAUCUGUGCUGGGUUGAUCACUAUUGAUGAAUCAAGCGACGUGAUCAGGCUGCCCAUGAGCUCAUUCAAAGAGUACCUGACAUCAAUGCCUUGGAUCAUCAUGGCCGUUUAG